AUGAGCGAGAUACCAGUCGUGGAUUUUGGCGCUUUCUUCCAGGGUGGAGAAAGCGAUAAGAAGAGGAUUGCCAAAGAAGUUGAUGAUGCAUUCCGUGGGGUCGGAUUCGUGUAUUUGAAAAAUCAUGGCGUGAAGAAGAAGUUGGUAGAGGAAUGCUUCGCCUGGUCCAAAAAGUUCUUCGAUUUACCACUCGAAACGAAGAUGUUGGCACCUCACCCACCGGGAGGAAGUCAUCAUCGUGGCUACUCGGCGCCGGGUGUGGAGAAGGUUAGUCAAGGAGUUUAUGAUGUUAAUGAAUUGAACAAACUGAGAGAGACACCUGACUAUAAAGAAUCUUACGAAUCUGGCAACGUGAAUGACGAAGCACAACCGAAUAUCUGGCUUCCAGAAGAUAGGCUUCCAGGCUUCCGCGCAUUUAUGGAAAAUUACUUCACUGAAUGCGCUAGUCUAAUCCACAGCAUCUUGGAUGCUCUCUCUAUUGCCCUCGAUGUUCCUGAACCAGGUCUCUCCCCCACACACUCAGAGUCGCUCUUUCAACUCCGGCUCCUACACUACCCCUCUAUUGACGCCGAACAGCUACGCAAUAACGAACGCAGCAGAAUCAACGCCCAUUCGGAUUUCGGCACCUUGACCCUGCUCUUCCAAGACAAAGUUGGAGGACUGGAGGUACAAGAUCCUGUUGAACCAAGUACUUUCCGCGCGGCGGAACCCAUCGAAGACACCGUGUUAGUCAACAUUGGAGAUCUGAUGGCGAGAUGGAGUAAUGAUCGUUGGAAGAGCAGUGUCCAUCGUGUUGGAUUGCCGCCAACACUUCAGGGGGGAGGCAAGGCUGGUGAAGUAGUGGUACCAGAUCGUUAUUCGAUCCCUGUUUUUGCGACGCCGAACAUGGAUACUAUCAUCGAUACAUUGCCAGGGUGCUGGGAUGAGAAGAAUCCGAAGAAAUACGAGCCUGUGACGGCGUGGGGACAUAUCCUUCGGUAUUCUGCGGAUCAGCUUGUCGAGGCGCCGCAGGCCUUCGCGAUGGAUAUCUAUAUUCCAGAGGUUCCGAAGAACGCCAAUAAUGUCCAGUUGAAGAUAUUCUUGAAAGACCUACUCCUCAAACUAGAGGUGCUCGCGUUCGACAUCCAGAAAUAUGGGGGUCAUAAUGGAAAGCCUCACUUCGCCAUUCUCACCAUACCGAGCACAACUAAAGGCAACAAAUUUCUGCAACUUUAUGGCAGUCGAGGACGACGCGUAGCACUUCAAUCAUUGGAAUUUCAAGGUCAGCGACUUGUGUUUCAACUGAGUAAUAGGCCUGGUCAACCGGAUCCCCUCAAGGUCAAGUCAUUGCAAGAAAGAGAAGAAGCUGAGAGAUCGAAGCUGGGAAGUCAGGCGUCUACCUUGAAGCUAGAGCGCCCUUUAAAACGAUCGACACUGUCUUUUCAUACGUUGAUGACAGGUGUUUGGGAUUAUGAUCGCCUAGGCAAGCUCGUUUUUGAUCAGAAGUUCAAGGAUAAGAGGAAUGGUUUCAUCACGUUUGGCAAGAGCGCUCUAGUGAUAUAUCUCCAAGCAGGUGUCUCCGAAAAUUUCAAUUGGCACUGCAGAAUCGAUAUUCCCUACGCGAUCAUAGAGCAUACAAUUCCGUCAGCCGACAAUGGCAGACACGAAACGAUCACAUUCACCCUCAAGUCACCUCCGAAGUUCUACGAGAUCCAGUCUACAGAUGAUCUGCACCUGUAUACUGGCCAGCAAGCAUCGCACGAGCCGAAUGACAUUUCUUCCCUGCUAGCGAAGAUGAACAUGAAGCCACAGAAAAAGGUUCUCCGUCUGCAAAGGCUCUGCAAGUUGAGCAAAGCGAAUGACAAGAACUCUGCUUUAUGCAUGGUGUACAAAAUUGCCUUUCCUGACCACCAAACCGCAAGGUUCGCUUGGAACUUCGUCAAGGACUUCUCAGUACUGGACACACACUGUUGGAAGACCAUGAUUCCCGCGAAUCGGACGAACAGCAUCGAAGCCGAGUAUUUGUUUGUCGAGAACAAACUUCGCGAGGCCUUCGAAUUUGGGAUCCGAUAUCAGCUAUUAGCACUCGUGCUAGAGGGCACAAUCACGCCGCUAAAGAUGUUCGAACUCAUACCUGCCGUGAAAAAUAUCGCGAGACAGCAUGGUGAAGAUCUCACUGCAAUCGCAGUUCGUUGCUUAGGGAAUCAGAUACCUACGCCUGCUCCAGGGGUCGAGGCAGCCGAAUUCGAGAUCAAGACUCUUACGAAUGUUCUCAAUGAAAGCAUCGCAAAGAGCAAAUUCCACGAAGUAACUUCGCGGGACUUGCGUGUUGAACAUAGCAAGCAACAUCUCGUGUCAACUUACAAGGCUACGGUCACCCCCACAGGUAUCUUGCUGCGUGGCCCUGACUGGGGUACCUCGAAUCGCAUCUUGCGAAAGUAUGCCACCCAUAGCGAAUACUUCAUGCGUGUGUUCUUCGCCGACGAGGACGGGUUGUCGGUAUUUCACGACCCACGAGCGUCACAGGAAACGGUCUACGAACGCUUCAAAUGCGUGCUUCAGGAUGGUAUUCCAGUCGCUGGGCGGACUUUCCACUUUCUCGGCUUUUCCCACGCAUCGCUUCGAACUCACCAAGCUUGGUUCAUGGCUCCUUUCGAGAAGAACGGUAUCACUAGAUAUACUGACUCUGUAUACCAACAUGUAGAUACCAUAUUUUCGGUUCAAGUUCCAUCGACCGCGUUCGCCACCGAAACCAAAGACGACAUUGUGCGCAAUGGUCGGACAUUUAGCGACGGUUGCGGAACGAUAUCCCUUGAACUGAUUCGCAAAGUGUGGAAGGCUUUACCCCCGGAUCGAAGAAGACUCAGGCCGACCAUACUGCAGAUCCGCUACCGAGGGGCUAAAGGUGUCUUGUCGCUCGACCAAUCUCUUCCAGACGAGCAGUUGCAUGUUCGAAAGAGCAUGACAAAAUACAUCGCCAAUGAAACUUGGCAAGCUCUCGAGCUGUGCGGAGCUGCCUACAAGCCCUUACAAGUGUUUCUAAAUCAUCAGUUCAUCAAGAUCCUAGAAGAUCUUGGUGUUCCGGCAAGGAACUUUAAGGCUGUGCAAGACGAAGCAGUCAGUACCCUGAAGCGAAUGACAGAGCAUCCUUUGAAUGCUGCAAGUUUCCUCGAAUACUCGCACUCUGGCGUAUUCGCCAAGGUCCCCAAGUUGUUCCAGCUGAUGCAUCAAAUUAAUCUAUCCUUUCACGAAGAUAAGUUCCUUACCGAUAUUGUAGAAGUCGCAGCUAUGGCAAAUCUGAGGAGCAUGAAAUAUCGCGCGCGUAUCCCUAUAGAACGAGGCUAUCUUCUCUACGGAAUCAUGGAUGAGACGAACACGUUACGCGAAGGGGAAGUCUAUAUCGCGACGCGAGACUAUGAUCUGAAUGGCGGAUUGAAGACGAAACGUCUCGUCGGUGAUCGCGUAGUGAUUACCAGGGCACCCGCACUCCAUCCAGGAGAUGUCCAGCUUGUGACCGCCGUUGAUGUUCCAAACAGCUCACCCCUCCAUGCGCUCCAUAAUUGUGUUGUCUUCUCGCAACAAGGUCCACGAGAUCUGCCUUCGCAGCUGAGUGGCGGUGAUCUCGAUGGAGAUCUUUUUCACAUCAUCUUCGAUCCGCGACUCAUUCCCGAUUUCACCGUACCGCCUGCGGAUUACCCAUCGACACCAGCCAAAGAUCUAGGCCGUCCGGUAGAGGUCAAUGAUAUCGUCAACUUCUUCAUAGAAUACAUGAACAUGGAUCGAUUAGGUCAGAUCUCGAACAAGCAUAAAAUUCGCGCUGACAAAGCGCCUGUUGGGACUCAUGAUACAGAGUGUCAACUUCUUGCUAAGCUCGCGUCCGACGCUGUUGACUUUAGCAAGUCCGGAAUUCCUGCCGACAUGGCUUCGAUACCGCGGGGUGCUGACCAUAUUCGUCCGGACUUUAUGGCGCCCGUGUCAAACCUAGUUAUCAACGAAUUGGGUGCAACCGAACUUGAAGAGCUCGAGGGCGAUGACAUUGACGAUCCUGACAGCGUAAGUGUGCUUGACCCAGACAAAGCACGAAGUCGGUACUAUCGGAGCGACAAGACCCUCGGAGUUCUGUAUCGCGACAUCGAUGAGAAGAAGUUUUUCGCACGUCUGAAGGACAAUUUUGAGACGCGUCGUCCCAGGAUUGGUGAGUCUUUGGUGCAAAAGCUCGAGCGAUAUAUCGUCCGAGAAAUUCAGGGUGUGCAAUGGGAACACUAUUGGGAUUUCGCCGAAGAACUCCGCGAAGCAUACGAGGAGAAUCUGCUCGAAAUCAUGGAUACGCUUCGACCGACUCGCGGCCAGCCUCUCACCGAGCUGGAGGUGUUCAGUGGUAAUAUCCUUGGUAAGAAAGAGCGCGCGCCAUCACGCUACAUCCGCGAAGCCAACCAGGAGGUUCAAGAGCGCUUCAAUCGUGACGUUAACAGUAUGAUCAAGAGUAUCAUAAAGGGUGACACAGAUGGGGAGGAUGAUGCUGAUUCGGAAGCGCUGCCGCGCUCGGUUGCAUGUUUUAUGGUAGCGCUAGAGACCGUUGGCUGGGAAAAUUACAGGAAUUUGAAGAGCUGGAAGUAUGUCGCUGCUGCGGUGUGUCUGGAACAGUUGGAGAGGUACAACGGGCACUUGCGGCCACUUUGA